AUCAAGUCCCUUACCACUUAUAGAGAGAGAGAGAGAGAGAGAGAGAGAGAGAGAGAUGGGUCCUGUAACUGAGAGGAAGCCUCAUGUGGUUUGCAUCCCAUACCCAGCCCAAGGUCACAUAAACCCAAUGCUUCAGGUGGCCAAGCUUCUCCAUCACAGAGGCUUCCAUAUCACCUUCGUCAACACUGAAUACAAUCACAAACGCUUACUCAAAUCAAGAGGCCCUGAUUCCCUAAAUGGCUUACCUGACUUUCACUUCCACACCAUCCCUGAUGGUCUCCCACCAUCAGACAUAGAUGGCACCCAAGACAUCCCUGCCCUAUGUGAAUCCACCGUCAAGACUUGUUUAGUCCCCUUUCGCAACCUCCUCUCCCAACUCAACGCCACCGACGGCCUCCCCCCUGUCACCUCCAUAGUCUCUGAUGGUUGCAUGAGCUUCACUCUUGAUGCUGCUGAGGAACUUGGAAUCCCUGAAGUUUUGUUUUGGACACCUAGUGCUUGUGGCUACUUAGCCUAUAUGCACUACUACCUCCUCAUAGAAAAAGGCCUUACACCUCUAGAAGAUUUGAGUUACUUGACAAACGGGUAUCUAGACACUCCGAUUGAUUGCAUACCAGGAAUGAAGGAUAUUCGUUUUCAAGAUCUCCCAAGUUUCGUUCGAACUACCCAUCGCGAUGACAUCAUGCUCAACUUUCUCAAUAGAGAAUCAAGAAGAAGUAACAAAGCUACAGCCAUUAUUGUAAACUCCUUUGAUGCCUUUGAGAAAGAUGUCUUGGAUGCUCUCUCCUCUCUAUUGCCUUGCAUUUACAGCAUUGGUCCUCUACAUUUGCUGCUGAACCGGAUUCAGGAUGAGAAAUUAAAGGCUAUUGGGUCUAAUCUAUGGAGAGAAGAAUCGGAGUGUCUCCAAUGGCUCAAUUCAAAAGAACCCGGUUCGGUGGUCUACGUGAAUUUUGGAAGCAUCACGGUUAUGACAGCCCAGCAACUCGUUGAGUUCGCUUGGGGACUCGCUAAUAGUGAACAGACAUUCUUGUGGAUCAUAAGACCCGAUCUUGUAAGGGGUGACUCAGCAAUGUUGCCAACCGAGUUUGAGAAUCGGACUACAGAAAGGGGUAUGUUAGCGAGUUGGUGCCCACAAGAGAAAGUGUUGAACCACCCGGCCAUAGGUGGUUUCUUAACGCAUAGUGGUUGGAACUCUACUCUUGAAAGCAUAGGUGGUGGUGUGCCAGUGAUUUGUUGGCCGUUUUUCGCCGAGCAACAAACGAAUUGCCGGUAUUCUUGUGUUCAUUGGGGGAUCGGCGACCAGAUUGAUAAUAAUGUGAAAAGGGAAGAUGUUGAGAGGCUUGUGAGGGACUUGGUGGUUGGAGAUAAGGGUAAGGAGAUGAAGAAGAAAGCAAUGGAAUGGAAGAAGAAAGCUGAGGAGGCCAUUGCUCUUGGUGGUUCCUCGUACCUUAAUUUUAAUAACUUGGUGAACCAAGUGCUUCUUCCCAAGAAAAAUAUUGAAAUCUAAUUCAUUUCCUAUGUUUAAUUGUUUUUAAUUAAUGGCGUCCAUUGUCACUAGUAGGAGGAUCCAAUAAUUGCGCUGCAUGUGGAUAUUGUCUUGGUUAUAGUAAAUUUAUCAUAUCAUAUGGUUUUAUUAUAAUAAAAUUAUUAGUGUUUGGUUUUUCUAA